AUGGGCAAACUCAUUCGACUUGAGCUGUUCAAUUUCAAGUCCUACAAGGGGCACCAUAUCCUACUCUUCGGUGAUGCCUACUUCACGUCCAUCAUCGGGCCCAAUGGCUCCGGCAAAUCAAACUCCAUGGACGCCAUCUCUUUCGUGCUCGGAAUCAAAUCCUCUCACAUACGGUCCACUCACCUCCGAGAACUGGUCUAUCGUGGGAGAGUCUUGAAGAAGUCUACCGCGAAUGGCGAGACCCAGACAAAUGGAGCAAAUGGACAUGACGAAGAAGAUGGCAGCCAGGUCAAUGGCACACAGGAACGCAACGAUCCCAAAUCGGCCUGGGUCAUGGCAUGGAAACGUACUAUCACCAAUCAAGGUGUCUCGGAGUAUCGUAUCAACGAGCGCGUAGAGGAAAACAUUCUAAUCAAAGCCCGCAACUUUCUGGUCUUUCAGGGUGACAAGCCUCAGGAUUUGACCAGACUCAUCGAACAAGCCGAGUACGACCAACUGAAGGCAGAGCUGGACGCGGCCGCAGAGACACAAGCAUUUCAACUCCAUCGUCGUCGCGGCAUCAAUUCUGAGAUCCGACAGUACCAGGAACAGAAGAAAGAAGCAGACAAUUUCCAGAAGAAGGCGGCUGAACGAGAUCAGGCAAUAGUGACUCACUCCAGCGCCGAGAUACAAAAGCACCAAAACGAUCUGAAAGAGUUUCGUCGAGGUAUCGAGAAGUACGAGCGCAAUCUCGACGCUGCGAAGAAGGAGCACGCACAAGUGGCGCGAGCCAUCAAGGCCAAGGAGAAGGAGAUUGAAGACAAGUCCUCGUCUCUGGUACCCAUUGAUGAGCAAAUCUCCGUAUCUAACCAGCAGCUCACCAAGUAUGCCAACCGAGUGAACUCAAUAGUCAAAGAGCUCAGCCAACUCGAGAAGGAUCUAGCCACAUGGCAGAAACAAUGGGAACAAAACGCCAACCGCCUAGGUGGACAAUUGAGUGAUGCAGAUCUCCAACAAUAUACGCGUCUUCGCGAGGAGCUCAACAAACGCGCAUCGGCCGAUUUGACACCCAUCGAGGCAACUGUAGACAGCACUGAGUACAAGCUGCAAUCACUUGAGAAUGAAUACGGCGCCGUCAAUGAGCGUAGAGAUGCUCUUAAAGAGAUCGACGGAAAGAAGAAAGACUUGCAUAACGCCACCUCGAAGAGGCUACAAGCAGCCCGCACGCGAACAGAGCUCGACGAAAAGUUGGCCGAAGCGGAUGAUGGCCGUCGAACGACGGAGAAGGAGUCAAGGAUGAAGGAGACCAUUGCCAUGCUCAAGCGUACGUACCCGGGUGUCAAAGGCCGCAAGAAAUACCAGGAAGCCGUCAGCACUGUUCUGGGGCGGCACUUCGAUGCUGUUGUUCAAUGUAUUGAGUACCUGCGAGAUCACCGAUCAGGACAGGCCACAUUCAUCCCUCUUGAUACUAUACAGGGCAUGAGACCUGCAAUCGAGACGGUCGAUUACGACCAGUCAGUCGCCCGCGCCAUCUCUUAUGCCUGCGGCAACUCCAUUGACUUAUCGGUGACUUUGGACGGCAGCGUUAUUCACAAAGGUGGUCUCAUGACUGGUGGGCGUGGCAGAGAACAAAAUACUCGCAGAUGGGACGACGCUGAAGAGUUUGUCGCCUUGCCACAGGAGAGAUCGCGUACCGAGCUGAGCGGCCUUGAGAGCAGACUUCGCUACGCCAAGGAGGAACUUGACGCCCUCACCAAGAAUCUUCAGAGCAAGAAGCGAGAAAUCGACCACCGCCCAAAGAUGCAGGCUGAGCUGCGCAAAUUGGAGAAACUCGACGAAGACAUCUCAGAUUAUCAAGAGUCCGUCAACAAUGUCGAAAACGAGCAUGGGUUUGACGACAUCCGGGACUACGAAGCUCGACAAGGUUCGCUCCAGCAAGAGGCUGCACAGAAGAAGCUCGAGAUUGAAGGUCAACUCAAUGACCGACUUGCAGCCCUCCGGGAUCGAGAGCAGCGCGACAAGGAGACCAUAGAUGACCUCAACGAGCAGCGGCAGGGAAUCCAGAAUGACCUCGAUACAUUGAAAGGCGAUUUGGAUGAGCUCCACGCAGAACUGGAUCAGCAGAAAGAGAUUCUAGCCCAAGCUGCGGAAACCCUAGCAAAGCAGAAACAAGAGGUCCAAAAGCGAACCAUCAGUGCCCUAGAAGGUGAAAUGCAGCGGCACUCUUCAUCAAGAUACAGCCUCCUUCGUCGUUGCAAGAUCGAGAACAUUGCCAUUCCAUUGGAAGAAGGAUCCGCAAGCCUGGACAAUGCUGAUACCAUGGACGUGGACGAGGACGACCCAACGUCUUCGGCCCUGAAGGCAUACAAUGUUGCAGACUACGGCAUCGAACCAGAUUUUGAUGCUCUUGAUGAUGACCUGAAGGAUGAAGAUAAUGACGAUACGGAAGCCAAACUACUGGAUGAUAUCACCAAGCUGAAUGCGGCCCUGGACAAGAUGCAGCCUAAUGCCCACGCUGCGCAACGUUUGGCAACUGUCGAAGGUCGUGCCCGUGACACCGAGCAAGAAUAUGAGGAUUCACGAAACAAAUACCGCGGAACCAAAGCGCAAUUUGAGGAAACUAUGGAAAAGCGCAACGAAUUGUUCAACAAGGCCUUCUCGCAUAUUUCGGAGCAGAUCGAACCUAUCUACUCGAACCUCACGAAGUCGGAAGAGUUCCCAGCUGGUGGCCGAGCAUACCUGACCGCCGACGAAGAGGAACCGUACCUCGCUGGUGUGAAUUAUCACACCAUGCCGCCGACCAAGCGGUUUAGAGAUAUGGAACAUCUUUCCGGAGGGGAGAAGACCAUGGCUGCGUUGGCUCUUUUAUUUGCCAUCCACAGUUACCAGCCCAGUCCGUUCUUCGUGCUCGAUGAGGUGGAUGCGGCGCUGGACAAUGCAAACGUCGGCAAGCUGGUCAAUUAUGUGCGGAAUCAUGCUGGUCCUGGAAUGCAGUUCAUCGUUAUCAGUUUGAAGACAGGCUUCUUCCAGGGCAGCGAGGCGUUGGUCGGAGUGUACAGGGACCAAGGCGCGAACAGCUCCAAAGUCUUGACGCUGGAUCUGCGCAAGUACUCGUGA